CUCACCCNAAAUCAAAAUGGCNCAAGAAACUGUGGUGAAGAGGUCACCCUCUCAAGCAAAAUUUCACAGGGUUCAAUUUGCAAUAAGGCUGUUGGNGCUGGUUUUGUUCUUGGGUUGGAUUUUCAUUUGGAUAAUGUCACCCACAAAUACUUUUANACAAANNUGGCUUCCAAGAUACAGNGCAAAGACUGNCAAUACAACUUAUUUGGGUUCAAAAGGUUCUAAUCUUCUGAUGUACACAUUCUCAAUNUUGCUCAUAGCUACUUUGGGGUGUGUCUACCUCCACAUAAUAAAAAAAGCAAAUGACUCCAACAUGGAAAUCAGCAACUCAAAGAAAUAUGAGAUAGCCCUAUGGAAGCGUUCAGUGCUUAUAAAAGGCCCUCUUGGCAUUGUCUCUGGCACAGAGCUUGCAUUCUUGCUCAUGUUCAUUGCACUCCUUGUCUGGUCCUUUGCAACUUCUUUAAGCAAUAGCUUUGCAAAAAUCACCCCCGAAUCAGCAGCACAGGAUGGCGAGAAAAUAUGGGAAGAGAAGCUAGACUCUGCAGGAUUAAGGUUUGGUAUUGUUGGGAACAUAUGUUUGGUAUUCAUGUUUUUUCCUGUGGCUCGUGGUUCAAGCGUGCUGCCACUGCUUGGUCUCACUUCUGAAAGUUGCAUUAAGUACCAUAUUUGGCUUGGACAUAUUGCUAUGCUACUAUUCACUGCUCACGGUUUGAGCUUCAUCAUCCAUUGGGCAAUUAUUAAUCACUUGUCUGCGAUGCUGGAAUGGAAGAAAAACGAUAUAUCAAUUGUGGCUGGAGAGAUAACUUUGCUUGCNGGUUUGUUACUAUGGAUUGCAACUAUUCCCCGCAUUAGGCGAACAUAUUUUGAACUCUUCUAUUACGCUCAUCACCUCUACAUCCUCUUCAUAGUCUUCUUCAUCUUUCAUGUUGGCAUUUCCUAUGCCUUAAUUAUGCUCCCUGGUUUCUACCUCUUCAUGGUCGAUCGUUACUUGAGGUUUCUGCAAUCAAGACGCCAAGUUCGUCUGGUUUCUGCUCGGGUNUUGCCAUGUGAAGCUGUGGAACUCAACUUCUCCAAGGGCCAUGGAUUAACUUACAACCCCACAAGUGUGAUGUUCAUAAAUGUACCAAGCAUAUCCAAGCUGCAGUGGCAUCCAUUUACUGUUACUUCUAAUAAUAAUUUGGAGGCAGACAAGCUAAGUGUUNUUNUUAAAAGUGAAGGACCUUGGACCAAUAAGCUAUACCAGUUGCUUUCAACUCCUUCNACAAUUGAUCGCCUUUCUGUGUCUGUNGAAGGUCCUUAUGGACCUGCUUCAACCAACUAUCUACGGCAUGACACUCUUGUGAUGGUGAGUGGAGGAAGUGGCAUCACACCUUUUAUAUCCAUCAUUCGGGAGCUAAUACAUCUGAACACUAUAUUCAAAUGCAAAACCCCGAAAGUCGUCCUAAUUUGUGCCUUCAAGAACUCUUCUUCUCUGUCAAUGCUAGAGUUGAUCCUCCCAAUAAAUGGCANCCCUUCUGAUAUUUCUAAUUUAGAAUUACAAAUUGAGGCCUACAUCACAAGGGACAAGGAGCCUAAAGCAGAUGGCCCUAUUCACCCUCAAAUCAGAUGGUUCAAGCCAAAUCCAUCNGAUGAACCAGUACACGCUAUAUUAGGUCCAAACAGUUGGCUCUGGCUUGGUGCUAUAAUUUCAUCCUCUUUCGUNGUUUUCCUUAUCUUAAUAGGGAUCAUUACCCGUUACUACAUUUUCCCAAUUGAUCAUAACUCAAAUNAAAUAUUUUCCUACCCUUUGAAUGCAUUCCUUAACAUGCUAGUAAUAUGUGUGUCCAUAGCAAGUGUUUCCACUGCAGCUUUUCUUUGGAACAAGAAAUAUUAUGCUAAAGAAGGAAAGCAGAUUCAGAACAUGGAAGGGUCUACACCAACGGUGUCGCCAAACUCCAUGGUUUACAAUGUUGAUAGAGAACUGGAAAGUCUUCCAUAUCAGUCACUUAUUCAAGCCACCAAUGUGCAUUAUGGUGUAAGACCUGACCUAAGAAAGAUCCUAUUUGNGCACAAAGGGUCUAGUGUGGGAGUUCUUGCUUCAGGACCCAAAACAAUGAGGCAUGAGGUUGCAGCCAUUUGCUCCUCAUCUGNUUUAGCUGAGAAUCUGCAUUUUGAGUCUAUUAGCUUUAGCUGGUGAUUUUACUCAUACUGUUAUAAUGGGUGUAAUAGUGAGUGACCAAUGUCUGGAAGUACCUUGAAGGACUUGUUAAUUCUGUUGUUUUAUAUUUAAAUGACUGAAAAUUGUUCUCAAUAAUAAUUACGCCUUCAUAUGAGCAAGAUUAUAAAUAAAGGAAUUUACUAUAAUAUUUUAUCCUCAAAUAGUGUGGAUCAUAUUCACAAAACAUGCAAAAGCUGAGUUCAAACUACAAACAUGGAGAACGAGAAAUUACUAUUCAAAUAUCAAGACACGUGUAAUUACAUGAAAAGUUACUGAAUAAAUCACACCAUCUCAUUAACCAAUCCCAUCAAUAUAUAAAAUGAUACUAUUGUCAAGCACUAACUAUAUCAGAAACUCUAAGUAUCAUGCUAAAGCCUAGAAAUCAUUUCCAUAAAUAUCUUCAACAUCUUCCUCACAUACCAAAUGACAACCACACCUCAGUAUUUCCAGUGAAUGGCAGCAAUAACUUUUCAAUGCAAAUUCAAUUUCAUUGCAGUCCCACCUUCAUAUAUUUUGUGAAGGUGUUCAUCAAUGGACAAAGAGUACAUAAGGGUGAGGUAACAUCGAUCCAUGGAGGUAAAUUGCAUGGUUUAGAAUAAUCAUAUUCUUAAAAUAAUCAUAUUCUUAAAAUAAUUAUAUUCUCGUAUUAUUUAAUUUAUAAUAAAUCUAAAAUAUGAAUUCAUUAAUAUAUUAUAUUCCAAUUACUUAAUCCUAACUAGAGACCUAUUAUUGGAUUUAAAUCACACACAAAUAUUUCCCACUUUUAGGUAAACUCUACAGGAACACAAUGUUGUAGCCAAUUCAUCACCUAGUUUAGCUGGAAAUCUGCAUUUUGAGUACAUUAGCUUUAGCUGGUGAUUUUACCCAUGGUGUUGUAAAGGAUCAAAAAUAUUAAUUGAUAUGAUAAACCUCUUGAAGGAGCUAGUAGUCUUAGGCUGAGAGUCAGCCUUAGUGAACUGGUCGAUUGUGUUGCUUUUAUUUAAAUGGGUAAAAAUUGGUUUGUCCACAAUAGUUAGGCCUUCCUAUCAGUAAAAAUUUCAAGAAAGGAGCAUACUAUAAUAUAUUGAUUCCUCUCAUUAGUGUGGAUCAUUGCAACAAAGCAAGCCAAAGUUGAGUUCAAACUACGAAUACAAUGAAUGAGAAGUUUCUAUAGAAAUAAAAAGACACAUAGUUACAUGAAAAGAUACUCUCACUGAUCUAUCUGAGCUGUUCACUUCAAGUAAUCAUACUAUUUUCGAGUACCAUCUGUAUCAGAAACUACAUGUCUUAGGAUAAAACCUACAAACUAUUUCCAUAAAUAUCUUCAACAUCUUAUCAAUCCCUCUGAUAAGCAUGUCAAAUCUUUCUCUGGGAAGACGGAGUUUCUGCAUGUAGUAACACAUAAUUUUGAAUAAGCAACAAGAAUGGAUGAUUAUGUGUUACACACAGUUUUAGAAUGUGGAUAAAUCCCAUUUUGCAGGUGAUGCAAAGAGACUCCACAUGGUUAGGAUGGAUUGUAUUUGGAAACCUCAAAUGAAGCGCAAUUGCUUGCCUCCAAUGGUUUCAUGUUGGAAAAGCAUGUUAAGUAAUGCUGCAACGUGUUCGCUACAGUCUAUGAGAAGCUCUAUAAGCCCUGGCAGUUUGGAAAUGCAACUUGGUAAGCUAAUAAUAUUGUUGCUAUAAAAAAUGUUGCCAGUGAGAUCUAGAGUCUCCAAUGAAGAUAAG